CAACUCGCUACUUUGUCUUUGUCUGUCACGCUUCCUUUCAUCACAGUUGCGGUUUCAAAAUUUCAGAUCGACAACAAGCUCGAUCUUGCUAAAUACAAAAAUGAACCCGAUAAAAUUCGAGAACUUCUGAUAGUUUAAUCAGAGAUAUCAUCACCGCUCGCUCCUACCUCCGCGAGCAGCACCGACGAGACUUGAAUACCAGUGCAGCACAAAAAUUUUUGUACGCUGCUAAAGAGAACUCCAACCGGCUUCAGCGGUACCGGUGCUCCUUCUGUAGUAGCUCAACGGGCUUGAGCAGAUUGUUACUACGCUGCGCGACUCAUUUUCCAGCAGACCAGACGACAGGCGACAGUGUGUGUUGACGCGAUUACGUUGAGGGCGGUAUCUUGAAGCGAUUACGUCCGCUAUCCCCCUUCAAGUUCAACUACAUCGUGCGACGGCCAACUGUUUCGGAACUACGCUAGCAGAAGGGAGGCACAGCCGCAGAAAAUAGAACUUCGGCGGAAAGCAAAGCGUCGGUUUUCCUACAACUAUCGAGAAGCUGUACUGCAGGCGGGACCCGGCUGCCGCUGUGUGUUGAUCAAACACGACAAAAACUGUCCGUUCUUGUGGCAAGACCAAGAAGGACCUGCAUUUCCUACUCGCAACCAGUGCACUUUCGGUGGAUCAUCAUCCAGGUGUAAAGUUCUCGUGGUCUAACAUCAAACUGUGAUCAAUAACGAGCAGAUGGAAGGAACAAGAACACGGGAAAAUAAGCAACACCAACAACAUCCGGAUAGACGUAGAAUCUUCUCGAGGUAAGAAGAUAAAAACUAGAAAAGAUACAGGAGCAACCACUUCUCGACAACUGCGUGGAACAGAACAGAAUCAAAAGCAGCUUUCAUCUACUUCCACAACCAGCGCUACAAGCACUGCCACAAGAUGCACAAGUACAAGCUGCUUUCGAAGAAGGGUGAGGGUACCUUUUCCGAGGUGCUGAAAUCCCAGUCAAUAAAAACCGGACGGUACGUAUCCUUAGUGAAAACGUCCUCACCCCAGAGUUGUCGUGCAAGUUUCGAUGCCCACAACGUUUUUGUAGUGCGCAGCAACAUGAGAGGUUUUUUCCCAUGGUGUUUUGCAAUUUGUCAUGCUAUUAUCAGGAUCAGGUAAGUAGUAGUUUUCUGAUGCGGCUGCACCAGCUAAGCUGCACUGCACUACAGAGAGAAACUUCUCAUGCGCGACUCCCAAAGCUUCUGGUUUUCUGUUGCACAUUCCCCAUCUUCACUACAGGGUGGGGACGUUUUUACUCAGGAUAGUGCGUGGCCAUAAAAUGCAUGAAGAACCGGUUCGAGUCCAUCGAUCAGGUCAACAACCUGAGGGAAAUCCAGGCGUUGAGGAGGUUACAGGGCCACGCAAAUAUUAUCCACAGUGAAGAUUUUUUUCCGUACACGAACUUCCUUGCACAUGCGAUGAUGAUGAUGAUGAUGAAAAACAAAGCUGUGUUUGUUUACCAACCAGAUUUGACAUGAUUGUACCGGUUGGCAAAAAUUUGUGAUGCAUUUUGCAAGAGUGCGGCAAAUUUCUACUGCAUAAAUAUCAUCACACUCCACGAAGUGCUGUAUGACGAACCAACGGGGCGACUAGCACUGGUCUUUGAGUUGAUGGACAUGAACCUCUACGAGCUGAUCAGGGGGAGAAGGUAAUUUGUGUUGCAAGAAAUGCGACCUGUAACCCGAUUUGUCUUGCAUUAAUGGAGAACUACUGAAGAUAAAACACUAACUUACUAUCUAUCAGGCACUACGUUCCGGAAGAGAAAGUGAGAACGUUCAUGCGAUCACUACUACGCGCUCUGGAUCACAUGCACCGAAACGGGAUUUUCCAUCGAGACGUGAAGCCAGAAAACUUGCUGCUGCAGGAAGACACCCUGAAAUUAGCAGACUUAGGGAGUUGUCGAGGUGAAAAGUAGUUUUAUUUUUUGCGAUCAUGAUGUUCUUGCAUAGGUGCAGAGCGCAUGACAAAAAUCCAUAGAAUUUGUCUUGCAUUUAUUGUACUAUGAUGCAAAUAUUAUUUAACUCGCAGGUAUAUAUUCCCGACCACCCUACACGGAAUACAUCAGUACAAGGUGGUAUCGUGCACCCGAGUGUCUUAUGCAUUGCAAAAAUGUCUGGGUCUGGAAGGAUGCAACUUGUCAUGCUAAGUCUGGAUAGUACAAAAAUUUGUGUUGCAUGAUUACCAAAAGGUGUCCACGUUUGAACAAGAUUAGCGGCAGUUUGUCAUGCAGGACAGACAUGAUAGAGACUUCGCAGAACCUCUCAUGCUAGGUGCUGCAUUGCAGACCUCGGGGGGCAUGAAAAACAUGCAUGGCAAGUUUGCAUUCUUCCAGACCCAGACAUUUUUACAUUUGAUAUGUCUGCUUACAGACGGAUUCUACUCCUACAAAAUGGACCUCUUCGCGGCGGGGUGUGUGUGGUUCGAGGUAUGAUUUAAAGUACAUUUUUCUUCGGUAAAAAUAUAAUUUUUGUAUACCGCAACAAACAUUUUGAUCCGCUUGAAAUGAAAUUCCUUCUCGCAGCAUGAUGCACCAACAUGAGAUUUGUUUUCGGUUAAAAAGAAAAAACCUGCUCCCCCACAGGUUAUGGCUCUGUUCCCGCUGUUCCCCGGGCAAAAUGAGAUGGAUCAGCUGCAGAAAAUACACGGCAUUCUCGGCACGCCGAACGAGGAGGUGCUGCGAAAAUUCAAGCUCAAUUCCGAUGUGGCCUUUCCGGAAAAGAAGGGCACGGGGAUCGACCACUUGAUACCCCACGCGAGUUUGGACGUGUUAUCCGUGCUGAAAAAGUUACUGCGAUACGACCCGGAGGAAAGAAUAACAGCGAGGCACGGGUAUAAGUAUGGAUGAAUUUUGUCAUGCAGAGCGUGCAGUAGAAAACUUCGUGGUGGACGGAUUCAAACAGUAUUCAAAAUUUAUCAUGCGCAAAAUCUGGGAAUGAUGGAAUGCUUGUUUAUGCACCGAAUUAAUAUACCAACACACAUGAUCACCCAGGUUGCUUUCCCCCUACUUCGAAGAGGUCCCAGAGCGCACGGUGCCACUGCACACGAACAGCAUCGAGCAAGCACCGACGAGCACAUUCUGUAUUCAUAAACUCUUAUUUGCUCUAUGUAUGUUGUAUGCAUCAGAAGUGAUGUCUGUCAUGCGGGAGCGACAGUCCUAUACGACAAUCCUAUAUUUGAAAACAAACCAUCAGAUCGCACGGGCGGUAACCAGUCCACGGUGUCAGACAACCACGAUACAGACCGACACCACGAAAGCACACACCAUGCUAUCACCGGGAUAGUUUUUGAAAAUUUGUAAAUGCAUAAUCGGUUUUAAUAUUGCAUGAUGGCAUUAUUGUUAAUUGAGGAAACCACAAGGACAACCAGGAUAAUUCCAUGGAAAGUACUCAUCAUUUUAUGCAUUAUGCAUUACAGAAAAACUGUCCAAAUUUUCAUAUCCACAAAGGACCAGGCGCAGGCGAAAACAAAUCUCCCACCAAUCCAUGCCAAGAACUACGAAAGAGAAGAAUCUGACACUCGGAGUCAAUUGUAGGUACUAGGCCUCUCUGCCAAAAAGGUUUGUAGUCCUCUCCAUUGAUGCACGAAAGGAUGAAACACAUCGCAAAAAUUGACUCCAAUCCGAGUUUCUGUUGCAUACUUGCCAAACCAAGCACAUGAAGCCGUUUAAGUUCAAACCGAAGAACUUCGGGUUGCACAGUACCAUGAGCGGGUUCGGGGGGAACUACGGGAUAUCCAGUGUAAAAGUAUCGAAGUCGCUCGUACUACACUAGUUGCAAUUUCAUUCGUGACAGAAGUGUGUUGCGGUUUCUGAAUUAUCCGCAUGUCAAUUUUCAUUUUUCGUUUUGGAAAAUGAAUUUCUCCAAUUCGUAUGAAUGCAAUUGAUUGUACUGCAAGUGCGAUACUUUUGCAAUGCAUACGGGAACACCGGUGGCAAUGCGUACCUGUCCGGAAUGAACGCAACGAUGCACAAAUCCAAGUUCUUCAAGAAGAGCAGCAUGCGAUAAUUGUCCGGGGGCUUUUGCAUCACAGAUUUGGAGGACACUGUCUUGCUUGUUCGUCUAAAACGCUAGUCGUGUCACAGUACUACGUAAUGUGAUGAACAGAGUGAUUUUAUUCACGAUUUUAUCAAGCAAAAACCUGUACUUACGAUGGAGAAUAGUCAGUCUCGCACGACACUGCUCAUGACACGUGCUUUGGAAGCGUCGAACAUCAAUCGUCGAGACUCGAACUCCUCAAUGCUAUCUCAGAAACGCAAGAAAAUUCCGUGUGAAAACCUAUAACACCAAUAUAGUCUUCUGACAAUCGUAUUCGUCAAUAUUAUGGAAAAAUCAAUCGAAUUUGCAAUGCCAAACUCAGAAACGCUUUUAAUUAAUCCACAAGAUGUUAACGCGACCUAUACCUCUAGUACGGACAUAUCAAAACCUGAAACUUUAUUCUGACACUUCACCAAGAGGAAACAAGUAAUAGCCUAAAAGCUUAAACUCUUAUAGCUCACGCUUUGUAACCUAUGAUCUUCUUCGCCACGGCCGUGGGGUCUUAGCCGUAGCAAGAUAAAAACCUAUGCAAUAAAUCACGCUUGUUCUAAAGCCUGGCACGCUGUUGUAGUACUUGUACUUACUUCUACCCAAGAAGAUAUCUAUACCACUCGAGUUCAGCAUCAAAGUGCAAGUGGUAGGAAAGUUUUUGCUAGCAGCAACAGG